UUCUGCAACCCGAUCGCUGUGCCGUGACCAGCGCCGUGCCGGGGGCGCCCGCGAGCACCUCGUGACUUAGCAGUAUUUCGGAGCCUUUUGCAACGCCCCAGCCUGGCUGGGGGUCAGUCGGGACCCUCCGCAAUUGGAUCCACGCCUCAGCCACUCCCCACGCUCGCUCGGCCGGCCGCUUCGCCUUUGCAACCGCCUCGCCUGUUGCUCCGCGUUGCAAAUCCGCUUUCCUGCCUGCAAGAGCCCCCGCCCGCUGCCAGGCUCGUCUUGAGCUCCGCUGGCCGAGAAGAUGGCUGAGGCUCCGGGGGACUCCGUGAAGAUGUUCCUCUUCAACAAGAAAGGGGACGUCACUUACCGCAUCCCUGCUCUGAUCUACUGGCCCGUGGAGACCACCUUCCUGGCUUUUGUGGAGGAACGUUCCUCACCGCGGGACGAACACGCCAAGGGCCUGGUGAUGCGACGUGGAUUCAAAGAGGGCCUGUCCGUUAAGUGGGGCCCUUUCAUCCGUUUGAAGACAGCUGGGCUGCCCAACCAUCGGACCAUGAACCCGUGCCCGGUUUAUGACAAGAAGAACGACGUCAUCUUCCUCUUCUUCAUCUGCGUCAGGGACGGCAUUUCGGAACAGCAUCAGCUGAGGACGAGGAGAAACGCCGCCCGGCUGGGCUACAUCUCCAGCCAAGAUGGCAGCCGCACCUGGAGCUCAAUGACCGAUCUGACCGAGCAGGUGAUGGGUGACGAGGAGGUGAAGAAGUGGGCGACCUUUGCCGUGGGACCAGGCCACGGGGUGCAGCUGAGAUCGGGGCGCCUGGUGAUCCCAGCUUACGCCUACUACGUCCACAAGUCGUGGUUUGGGUACUCCUUCCCGUGGUGGAUCAAACCCCAUUGCUUCAGCUUCUACAGCGACGACGGGGGACAAACCUGGUCUCGGAGCGAGCUCCUCAAAGCCUUGAAGACCACCGAGUGCCAGAUGGCCGAAGUCACCUGCCACGACAACAGGCAGGUGUUGUAUUGCAACGCCCGAAGUUUGCACAAAUUCCGAGCGGAGGCCUACAGUCCGGAUGAUGGGCACCGGUUUUCAGAUCACGCCCUUUGCAAACAGUUGUUUGAACUGCCCUUCGGGUGUCAAGGAAGCGUUGUGAGUUUCUUUCCCUCGGACCCGGGCCAAAAGAAGGACCCCAACGGGUCAACAUCUCAGACGGACUCGCCUCCAUCGUCUGCUUCACCCGGAUGUCCCAAAUCAUGGUUGAUGUUCUCCCAUCCCACCAGCAGGACGAAGCGGAUGGAUCUGGGGAUCUACCUGAAUCCUUCCCCAAUGGAGCAGAGCAGGUGGACGACCCCUUGGGUCUUAAAUAAGGGACCCAGUGGGUACUCAGACCUGGCUGUUUGUGAAGAUGGGGAACCACUCGCCUUCGGUUGCUUGUUUGAGUGUGGAGAGUCCAAGGAAUACGAGUACAUCACGUUUCACCUCUUCUCUUACCAUGAGCUCCUGAGAAAUGUGGAAAUGUGAGGGACAGUCACUCUGAGGCCGCAUCUCCUUCAACGCUCGCCAAAAUCUGAGGGUGGUUCUGCGCUUGGCAUCGGGCUGUGAAGUUCCCACAGGCGGUUCCUCGUGUUAUAUCUUGUGUAUUAAGCUGCUGGCUUUUCAUUCUAACAGUCACAGAGUUGGGAAAGGACCUUGGAGGUCUUCUAGUCCAGGUGUCUCAAACCUUGGCAACUUGAAGCCUUGUGGACUUCAACACCCAUAAUUCAAUGCCCCCAUGUGUCCUGCCCCCCAUGCAUGUGCAUGCGACCCCUCCCACACUUCCCCACGCAUGCGCACCCUGUUUUGGACCUAGCAGGCCUACCUGAAGCCUCCGGGGAGCAAAAACGCCUCCCCCACCACUCCGGAGGCCAGAAAUGGCCCGUUUCCUGACUUCCAGUGGGCCCGGUAGGCCUGUUUUUCGCCCUCCCCAGGAUCCAGAAGCUUUCCUGGAGGCUGGGGAGGGCAAAAAUGGCCUCCGCCACCACCACCCGGAGGGCCUCCGGAGGCCAGAAACUGCCCGUUUCCCGACUUUGGGUGGGUCCGGUAGGCCUGUUUUUCACCCUCCCCAGGUUGACUUAACCGUCUCACUGAGCAGCAGAAAUGUCCGGUACAAUUGUGGUCAUAAGUGGAGGACUUGUGGUUGUGUUGGAAGAAAUGUCCAACACAUUUCUGAGUUCAGUUCCAAGUGGGGGGAAAAGAGACUGGAAACAUGGAAACUGCUUGAAAAGAGGUUUAAUGGUGGACAGGUUCACAUGGUUGGAGUUCCUGAACAGAAACAGAGACAAGAUACUGAGUGCGCCUUGGUUUUUGCCCUAUCUGAGCUUUGAAUUUUCUGGCGCACAGGAAGAGUAUCCUGAUUGGCUGCCCACCAUUGGUGCACGCCCUGUCGUCCACGCAUGCGCAAAGCCUUCUGCGCAUGCGCAGAGGCUGAAAUCGUCGCAAAAAAGAGACGUCAUGACAUCCGUGCAGAUGGGCGGAGCCUCCCAAAGCCGCCGCUACCGGUUCGCCCAAGCCGGCUAGAACUGGCUAAAUUUCACCCCUGAGUAUAUCCUUAAAUAUAUACAACAUUUGUGGCCAAGGGGAGGGGUUCUAAAUAUAUUGGAAAUAUAUGUUUGCUUGUGGGGUGUUGUACGAAUGGAAAUCUUGGCAGGGUUUUGACUCCUUACGAAGGAUCAGAUGAUGGAAUGUAUGUACAGAUAAGGCCUUGGGGGUCAGAGAGGAAGGUUCAUAUGUGGAGAUAUCCACGUGACACUUAGCUAGUAACACUGAGCUACUUUGCAUAGCAAGCGUAAACAGUUUUAGGGAGCUGAAAUCCAGAUAACCAAUCAAUAUUAUAUGUUAUGCAUGGAUUAUUAGGGGAAGGGCGAAGGGGUUGUUGCAAGAAAAACUCCGGGUUUUGUUCCCAGCUGGGACACACCACAGACGCCGAGAAGAAAUAGAUGCAGAAGCCAGCUGCCAGAAAGUGGAAUUUUUUUAAUGUAGGAAGGCAAGAAGCAAAAAGUGACACAGCUCUCCAGAGCAGGGGUUUCCAACCUUGGUCCCUUUAAGACUUGUGGACUUCAACUCCCAGAGUUCCUCAGCCAGCUUUGCUGGCUGAGGGACUCUGGGAGUUGAAGUCCGCAAGUCUUAAAGGGACCGAGGUUGGAGACCCCUGCUCCAGAGUGUUGAUUGAUGUGUUUCUGAUUGCUCUGUGUUUUGUUUUUCUGGAUUAAUCUUGGUCCCAGGUCUUCUGUUUUUCCUGUCCUAGGAAUUACUCCUGUCAGGGAAGCAGGAAGAAGGGAGUUUAUUUUUAGCCUGAUUCCCCUUAUUUUAAUGGCUCUACUUAAGUGUUUCUGUAGUCAGCUUUUGUUACUUUUGUAACAGCCCUUAGCACUGCUGCUCUGAGUUUUCCUUUCAGCUGGUGCUGCUUGGUUU